AUGGUCGUCCUCAACUUCACCCUUACACCUGAGGCAGCGUCCAAGGUCCACGACCUUCUCGUCUGCCUGGGCAAAUUCAGCGAUACCGUAGCCAUUGAGGCGCGUCGAGAAAAGUUCACGUUCACCGCUCUCAAUCCUUCCAAAUCUGCAUACGCCGCAGUUACGUUGGAUGGCAAGCAGUUCUUCGCCAACUAUGAGUGCAGUCCAAGUCAUGGUGGGCCGGAUGGCCGCUUCACGUGCAGCAUGUACACGAAAGCGCUGCUAUCGGUGUUCAAAGGCCGUCUAUACGAUCCCCUAGGCCGCGAUGGCGCGAUAGAUCGUUGUGAAGUGAGUGUACGGGAGAAUGAGACCCAAUGCCGAUUCAUCGUCAAAAUGGUAUGCAAUCAGGGUGUCAUCAAGACAUAUAAGCUCACGUACGAAGCUGUGGAAGUGAUGCACGCACUAUUCGAUCGAAGCAUCGCAAGGAAUCGUUGGAGUAUGCAUUCUGGUGCCGUAAAGGAGUAUAUUGAGUACUUCGGUACGAAAACCGAGAUGCUUGACAUCUUUGCUGGAGACGAUGGCCGCUGUGUCUUCAAAAGCUACACAGAGAAGAUCACGAACGGAAAAGAGAUCCUGAAACACCCACUUGUCACGGCAGUCGCGGUCAACAUAUCCGAUUUCGAAGAGUUUACGGUUCAGGCGGGCAUGCACAUCAUCAUCAACGUCAAGGACUUCAAGGCUAUUGUUGUUCAUGCAGACACACUAAAGACUAGCUUGAAGGCGUUCUACUCCCAACCAACACGACCAUUGCAGUUCAGCUACGGCAGUGAUAGCCUGAUUUGCGAAUUUACGCUGAUGACCUCGGGUGACUACACUGCAGCUCCAGCCAUUCCAACCCCGGCACCCCAGGCAAUGAGCAGCAGACAUACGUCCCGCGCACCAUCAACUACAAUAGUAGAGCGCGAGGACAGCCGCAGCUUUCGGUCUGACAUGCCUCCACCGGUGCAGCCAGCAUCACGAAGGGACGGGUCGGGUAGAUUACGGAACCCAGGAUCUCGCCAGGCUUCAGCAGCACAAGCACAGCCCACACGCCAUGAUUCAGAUAGUCUGUUUGUUCCCGACGACGAGGAUGCAGCCUGGGCUCCUCUUGACUACGAUAAGGAAGAGACACUGGGCUGGGAUGCGAGCGCCUCCCACGAUGCAUCGGCAUUCCCGACGUUUACGGAUAGUGGCAAUAUGCCAAGGAAGAGCACUGCAGAUAGCACCGAAGUGUUUGAGCCCACUCAACGUGUGUCGCAGAUCCAGGGAUUGUGGUAG